AUGUCUGCGCCUAACUGGAAGAGCGCGCCAACUCCGCUAAAAGAGGUACCUGUUCACCCCGAUCACAGCGCACAAAGAGGCAAAGGCAGCUUGGGAGAAACAUACCAACAAAAGUACUUGACAAACCAUGGUCUUAUUACUCGUCGUCAAGAGGAAGCUUAUCUCUCCACAAAAGCAGGGUUAGAUGUUCAGGGAAACAAUGCAAAAGAAUCCGAAACAUUUUUCUUGAAAUCUCAAUUCGGAGUCAGGGCAAGAGGGUCCAGAAGAACAGUGGACAAUUUACUGGGUUACAUCACUGUUCAUAUGCUCCAACAGCCUAUGAUGAUGAUUGAAGCAAAACGACAUCCAAAACGCAGAGAACAUAUGACACCAGCUGAAAUUACUGCGCUGGAGAAUCAAGUGGAAAAAUAUUGUCGCAAAUGGCUGACGGACAACCCCCAUAUACCUUUUUUGUAUGCAGUCACAUGUGCAUCAACGGAAAUGAGAUUUUGGAUGAUGGAAAGAAAAAGAGAUAUGGAAAGGGCCAAGAUGGUGGGAUUGUGGGAACCGGAUAAACGGACAUGGGAUGAAUAUAGAGACCCAGGGUUGGAUUGCGAUGCCGACAUUAUAAGUGCAGCAAUCAAUCUGAUCAAAGAUCACCCGAAUGGUUCGGACUUUGCGCUUACUACAACUAGCGAUUCUCAAUCUCAAAGUGACAGAGCUCCAUCCGCAGUUCCGAGUAGAGCAACGGGAGGAACAAGUGGGUCGAGACGUGGAACUCCAAGUGGGGAUAGCAGAGGCGAUAGAACUAGAAGCAGAGAUAGAAGGGACAACAGAUCAGAUGACCAGCCUUCAAGCCAAGAAGAGACUCCUGAAGAGCGAUCAGAAAGACGCAAACGGAAAGAAAGAGCAAAAGAAUCAGAAAAAAGGAAUGAAGACGAAGGGAAAGGGAAAGGGAAAGGGAAAGAAACAAGAAGAUCUGAAAGGGGAGAUAGGGAAAAAGACAGAGGAGAACGACGUGAGACGUCUGACAAGUCGCGCUCACUACUGCCAAGCGCCCCAAUCGAUGUAUCUCGAUCAACCUCGAGAGGAGAUCCCAGAAGGCCCAACACAUCAAUAGAUGAGCGUGGAAGAUUAGCUUCAAGUUCCAGUCCCGAGUAUCCCGCACAGAUACCAAUACGUGAUCGCGACCGCCGCGAAAGAGGCGAUACAGACAGAGGUGAGCGAGUUUCUACCAAAGAUGGGAAAAUAGUAGAGGCUUCCAGUAGCAGCAAAACUACAGAAUCAAGAAAACGAGACUUCCAGGCGAGAAGAACAGAUUCUCUUAGUACCGUGCCACCCACUUCGUCGGAUGAUCUACAUUCCUCUAGUAGUGAUAAUCGAGCACCACGAUCGAAGAGCAAAAAGAGGGCUGAAGGCACGACAGCUGAUGCUGGAAGGAAGAAGCGAGACAAGCCAUCUGGAAGUGGAUGA